CGCGCACUCGACAACGGGUUAUUGUAUCGGACAGAAGAGGCGACAGAGCACACCGUUGGAAAUAAAAACAACGGCUAGCCAUCUAAACUGCAGACAUGGCAGCAAUCCGCAAGAAGCUGGUGAUUGUUGGAGAUGGUGCGUGUGGAAAAACUUGUUUGCUUAUCGUAUUCAGUAAAGACCAGUUCCCAGAAGUCUACGUACCCACUGUGUUUGAGAACUAUGUUGCAGACAUCGAGGUUGACAGCAAACAGGUGGAACUCGCAUUGUGGGAUACUGCAGGACAGGAGGACUAUGAUAGGCUCCGCCCCCUUUCGUACCCAGACACUGACGUCAUUCUAAUGUGCUUCUCUAUUGACAGUCCUGACAGUUUAGAGAAUAUUCCAGAGAAGUGGACACCUGAGGUUAAACACUUUUGUCCCAAUGUUCCCAUCAUCCUUGUGGGUAACAAAAAGGACCUGCGGAAUGAUGAACACACACGCAGAGAGCUGACCAAGAUGAAGCAGGAGCCAGUUAAGGCAGAGGAAGGGAGAGAUAUGGCCAAUCGGAUUGGAGCAUUUGGCUAUAUGGAGUGCUCAGCCAAAACAAAAGAUGGAGUUCGGGAGGUGUUUGAAAUGGCCACUAGAGCGGCGCUGCAGGCUCGCAGGGGAAAGAAGAGCAACAAAUGUCUUCUGCUGUGAAUACUUGGCACUGGACUCUAUGCCUGUUCUGGGGCUCAAAUAGAGUGUGUGAGGGGCACACUCCUAUUUACAGUCUCACAUCCGCCAAAUGCUUUGGAAAGAGAUCCCUGGAAAAAAAAAAGCUUUGUUUUGUCAGUUUCCCUCUUGGUCUUAUGUUUUUAGUCAUGGAGAUGUUUAUCAGUAUUUAAGAGAACUUUGAGAAAUGAGACUUUUUUUUAUGCUUUACCUGAAUUUGUGGUAUCCAUUCAAGCUUUCCCAUCUGCCAAAUGCUGUCACGUGACCCUCUGGACUGAUUGGAACGAUGUGAUCCUGUGAGAUCCCAAUCAAUAAAUCUCAGCCAUUGCUCAUAUUCUGGGCUUUUUUCUGCAACAUGAAAUAGGGCUGAACUUGAUAUGUUUCUGUAUGUAUGAAUCAUUAUAAGAUUUUGUUUUUUAGAUUGGGGCAAGAUUGGGAUUUUUGAACAAAGUACAAAUGGCUGUUUUAAAGCAAAAAAGAGCAUGGGGUGGGGGGUUGAUAUGUAUACAUACCUGUACAUAUGAAUGUGUGUAUUUAUAUGUACACACAAUCAGGACUGGAAACGUAUUUGUAAACUAGACUUGGUAAUCUUGUGUAAUUAAAAUAUGUUCUAUAAG